AUGCACGUUUUUCUGCCUGUCUAUUCCAUACUCAUUCUUUGCCUUUCCUCUCAUAGACUUUACCGUUUCAUUCAUACAUAUUCUUUCUUCCUUUCUAUUUCAUACUCUUUGUUUGCCUUUCUUCUCAUAGACUUUGCCGUUUCAUUCAUACAUAUUCUUUCUUCCUUUCUAUUCCAUAAUCUUUUUUGCCUUUCCUCUCACAGACUUUACCGUUUCAUUCAUACAUAUUCUUUCUUCCUUUCUAUUCCAUACACUUUCUUUGCCUUUCCUCUCACAGACUUUACCGUUUCAUUCAUACAUAUUCUUUCUUCCUUUCUAUUCCAUAAUCUUUUUUGCCUUUCCUCUCAUAGACUUUACCGUUUCAUUCAAACAUAUCCUUUCUACCUAUCUAUUCUAUACACUUCCUUUGCCUUUCUUCUCAUAGCCGGUUCUUCCAUACACAUUCUUUCUGCCUAUUUAUUCCAUAUUCUUUCUUUUCCUUCUCUCUCAUAUUCUUGCCCAGUUCUUUCAUACACAUUCAUUUUGCCUAUUUAUUCCAUACCGUUUCUUUACCUUUCCUCUCAUAACCUUUGCCUCUUCUUCCAUACACAUUCUUUCUACCUGUCUAUUCCAUACUCUUCCUUUGUCUUUCUUCUCAUAGUCAUUGCCGGUUCUUCUAUACACUUUCUUUCUGCCUGUCUAUUCCAUACUCUUUCUUUGUCUUUCCUCUAA